AUGCCUAAUCCAAAUGUUAACUUGCUUGAAAAAGAAAAUGAAAGCCUCAAAUCAGAAAUUGCUGCUCUAAAGAAAAAUUUGAAGACUUUCAGAAUUCGCUCAAACUUAGCGUCAACAAUGCUAAUGUCUCCAACAAUGGCGGCGAAGUGAGUCGACCGGCGAUAUCACAGGACGAGACUUUGAACACCCUGCAAUUUUACGGAAAGUCUUACGGUGACCUUCGCCUGGAAGCGGAUACAAGUUUACAACAGCUCUGGUCACACCCAAAUGUCCUGUCUAAACGAGUAGAAGAGAUUGGGAAAUCCAUUGAGCUGAUUCAGCGCUACAGUUAUGAAUACAGCGCAAAGAUCGUCGGUCUCCCUGAAAUAAAGGCAAGUGAGUCAGUCUCCGACACAACUACACUAUGUCUUAGCCUCUUUCAAGCUGCAGGAGUUGAAAUUUCUAUUCAAGAUAUCGAUAUUGCUCAUCGUACUCUCACCAGAAACGCCACUCCUGGCCCGAGACCAGUCGUUUGCAAGUUCACAAGAAGGAUUGGUAAAGAGAAG